AUGACAACGGAUGCGAGGUCAUUGAGGGUUGUCAUAAUCGACCACUAUGAUUCUUACACAAAUAACAUCAUCCAGUUGCUACAAAACACCGGGGAAAAGGAGGCAGGUUUCCCAGAGUGGAGUGUAGCUGUCAUACGCUUCGAUGAAUUUACUUGGGAUGAGUUCAGAGACUCGGUGCUUCCUCACCUAGAUGCUGUGAUUCUUUCUCCAGGUCCUGGAAGCCCGGAAAAAGAAUCUGAUUUCGGAUUCAAUUCAAAGCUAAUUCGAGAAGUUAAUAUACCAAUACUGGGAAUAUGUCUCGGUCACCAGGGAAUCGGCACAGCAUUUGGAGCAAAAAUAAUACAUGCACCAAAUAUUAAACAUGGACAAGUAUGCAAAAUUAGCCAUACCGGAACCGGAAUAUUUGCUGGCCUUCCAGAGCAAUUUGAUGGCGUAAGAUAUAACAGUCUUGUGCUUCCGUUUAAUGAAUUACCUAAGGAGCUGGAACUAACUGCUUGGACUUUUGAUGAGGGAGUGCCUGUGGUAAUGGGCGUUAAGCACAAUGACCGCCCUGUGUAUGGAGCUCAAUGGCAUCCUGAGAGCGUGUGCUCAAAGUAUGGCCAACAAAUCAUGGACAACUUCAGGGAUAAGGUCCUCGAAUUCUGGACUAGCAACCCUUCUUUGGGUGGCAACUCUGUCCAUCAAACGUCAAGGAACGGCCUAUUACCGGACUCUAUCCUAACCAAAAGCGCUAUUAUUCGGGAGGCUCAGAGUAACUUCAAUCCCGAACAGGAAGACCCAAGUUUAACUUCUCCCGAUCAGGUGCGCUCAUAUUUUAUCCAGGGUACCAGCCUUGGGAAGGGGGUUGCACCGCAGACUGUUUUCGAUACCAUUAUUCGAAAUACCUCUAUGGAUGGUGAGGCCUGGCUGGAUAGCGCAAGGGUUCGUGACGCUCACUCACGAAAUUCAUACAUGGGGAUCGGUGCAUUUUCACUAUGCUACUCGUCAGAAACUGGAAGGCUAUCUACUUUUCAGCAAGGGAAACAGAUUAAGUCGGAGAUAAUUACGACUUCUUACUGGUCUUGGCUCGACCAGUUCCAGCAGUCUAUCGUUCAGCAGAAUGUUGAUCCUGUACGGAGAAAUCAGCUCGGAGAAGAAACAGAAGCUGGACAGCCAUUGCUCCAGGUUGGGUUGAUUGGCUAUUUUGGGUAUGAGAUGAAGCGUGAAUCAUUACCGGGCUAUAAAUACUUAAAACCCACCAAGAUGGAAGACUCCUGUGCAGUUCCUGAUAGUCAACAUCUCUUUACCAAUCUUGUUUUAAGGCUGGACAAUUACACAGGUGAGUGGAUGGCGUUUGGAUUGAUCCGUCGGGGGAAUGAAGAUCCUAUUGGGAAAUACAUCAAUGCCCAUUCACCCAUUGGCCUUACUGAGGAUGAAUAUGAACUGGUCCUCUCACAUACUCGCGAACUAUUUGCUGCACCCCCCUCGCCACCAUAUACGCUACCAGCGCCAUUACCUAGCCUUGAAGCUAUUGACGACGAAAAGACAUAUGGCCAGAAAAUAUAUGCUGCCCAGCAAGCUAUAAAAGAAGGUGAAACAUACGAAGUCACCUUAACUACACGGUUUAGGGCCAGAUGUCCCGAUGUGGACCCAUAUUCAUUAUACCUGUCACUUCGAAACCGCAAUCCUGCUCCUUACUCUGCCUAUAUCCACUUCCCAUUUAGCAACAUUGCGAUACUUUCCUCCUCCCCAGAACGAUUCAUAUCUAUUGAUGGAGAUGGCAUUGCGGAAAUGAAGCCAAUUAAAGGAACUCUUGCUGUUAGCCCAAAUAGAGAGGAAGAUGAAAGGAGAAAGGUUCAACUUGCUACUGAUGUAAAGGAAUUAGCUGAAAACUUGAUGAUUGUUGACCUGAUUCGCUCUGACCUGCAUAACAUUUCUCCCUCCAAAUCGAUACAGGUUCCCAAGUUACUCCAAGUCGAAAGCUAUGAGACAGUACACCAACUUGUCACAACCAUUCAGUCGCAUAUUGCCAAAAAUGUUGGAGGCGUCAAGGUUGUAGAGCGUUGCUUCCCGCCCGGCUCUAUGACAGGUGCACCAAAACUGCGCUCUGUCAAGAUAAUUGACGCCUUAGAAGAAGAACCAGAGCGUGGAAUAUACUCUGGCUGCAUCGGAUAUAUAUGUGCCAGUGGGACAGUUGAUCAGUCGGUCGUUAUACGCACUGUAAUCAAAAAUGGGGAUGAGCUUGAACUCGGUGCAGGUGGUGCUAUUACCUGGUUAAGCGAGCCUGACAAAGAGUGGGAUGAGGUUAUGGUAAAAGCGAAUGCCGUUGCUAUUGCACGUCCGAGACAGAGCCCCAGACUAGUAUAA